UAAACUCUGGGCUCCCCUUCAUUCCCAGUGCCAGGAAUACACGACGGUCUUGUGCUCGACGAGCAACAGGGGCUUCAGUAACCGCGAUCCUGUCCUUGUGGAGCGCAAUCAACACCGAUUCAUUUGUCAUCAGAUAUGGAGACGGAUCACGGAGAGAGGACAGCGAGCGGCGCGUCCUCUUUCCACUUUUAGAAUAGAGACUGCACUCUCCUAUCGUAAUCUGACAGUAGAACAAGACGCUCAGCGCAUCCGUUUGACUUCCAUUGACGUCACCGCGGUGUCACAUGAACGCACCCGAGCCAAUCAGAAUCGCCCAGCCGAAGUGCCUGUUCGUUCACCAAGAUAGAGGAAGAAGAGAUCGAGCGAGGGGUGAAAAACCGUGCCAAUGAGCUCUUAAAGAGCAAAACUCAUAGAGAAACGCGGCGCUUUUUUGGAUCAUUUCCAUUUUUAUUUAUUAUUAUUAAUGCCGUGAAGCGUUGGUUGAUACCGCUACGAUGGCUAGCGUAAUGGAUAUAGCAAUAGUUCGAGUGUAUUGAAUAGCCUGCCAGGGGGAGCGCGACGCAGAGGAUAGACAUUACUGGGGAGAUCGUGUGGAUCUGGACGCUGUUACCCCAUAUCCCCUCUGUUACUCCCCCCAAUUCCGGACUCCUUAACGCCUUCAUGGAUUCUCUUGUGAAAAUAACAAAUGAAAUAUUUAAGAUCGCUCCGCAUUAGCUGAUCAAAGCGCCUUUUUUCCUGGUCGUGUGUGUGUGUAUGUGUGUUUUCCUCCUCUCUCUUUAAUCGAAAUCACAGUACGCCUACUUCUUAUUAUUUGAGACGGCGGCGUUUCUUUUUCGCUGCUGCUACGAGGAAACCAUGGAUUUCAACGGCGGCGGAGGGGGCAGCGAUCUCCAGAAUAACCAGUGCCACCAGUCCGAGGAGAGCAAGCCUCUGUUAGAGGAUACGUCUAUCCUGGCGACGCCGGAGGGAAAUAAUAAUAAGAUGGGCGCCGGGCCGUGUCGGAGAGCCUUGCUUCUCUGCGGCAGCGGGAUGCGAUACAAGCUGCUGCAGGAGGGAGACAUUCAGGUGUGCGUGGUCAAGCACCCACGCAGCUUCCUAAGCAAGAUCCUCACCUCCAAGUUCCUGCGGAGAUGGGAGCCGCACCACCUCACGCUCACCGACAGCAGCCUGGUGUCGGCCACGCCCACGGGCUACAUGGAGUCAGCGCUGUCCUAUAGCACCAUCGAGGACAUCCAGCUGCUGACUUGGGACAACGCCCCCAAAUACUGUCUCCAGCUCAGCUUCCCGGGGGGCACCGUCCUGCUCCAGGCUGCAAAUGGCUACCUGCGGGACCAAUGGUUCCAUUCUCUGCAGUGGAAGAAAAAGAUCUACAAAUACAGGAAGGUUCUGAAGAAUCCGAGCCGCUGGGACGUGGUGCUGAAGGAGAUCCGGGCUCUGGUGGACAUGGCCCUCACCUCGCCUCUGCAGGACGAGUCCAUCCAGCAAACCCCCCUGCACAUCAUCUCCACCCUGCUGGCAGAGAACUCCAAUCUGAGCACUCUGGAGCAUGAGAACAUCAUCGUGGCCAUCGCCCCGCUUCUGGAGAACAACCAUCCGCCUCCUGACCUGUGUGAAUUCUUCUGCAAGCACUGCCGGGAGCGGCCGCGGUCCAUGGUGGUCAUCGAGGUGUUCACUCCCGUGGUCCAGAGAAUCCUAAAGCACAACAUGGACUUCGGCAAGUGUCCCCGCCUGCGUCUCUUCACGCAGGAGUACAUCCUGGCACUUAACGAGCUCAACGGUGGCAUGGAGGUGGUCAAGAAGUUCGUGCACAGGUUGGUUUCCGUAGCCCAUCCACCAUCCAGCUGUGCUGUCCCACGCCAAGGAAAUUGCAUCAUGUAUCUCACGUGUGUGUGUGUGUGUGUGUGUGUGUGUGUGUGUGUGUGUGUGUGUGUCCGGGAUAACUCCCCCAGCCUGAAGGAGAUCCGGAACGGCUGUCAGCAGCAGAACGAGCGCAAGCCCCCGCUGCCGCUGCGGCUGCUGCGCUCCGAGCUGGAGUCCCCGGACCCCCCCUCCGUGCCGCCCCCACUGCCGCUCUCGCCACCUCCCUCCAUCGUCAACUCUAGCGAGAUCCUCGUGGAGCUGGAGCGUAACAACAACGCCGCCAACAAGCUGAAAGGGCCAGCAGGGGGCGACAGCGAGCCCAACCUGAUCGACUGCCUGCUGGUGAGCCCGGUCCUCAGCACCCUGUCCAUCCAGCUGCCUGCCCAGGCCGACCGUGUGCUGGGAUGCUUCGCCCUAAUCCUCAAGAUGCUGUCUGACUACGAUGACUGGAGACCCGCCCUGGCAAGUCUGCUUCAGCCAAUCCCCUUCCCCAAAGAGGCUCUUGCACAUGCCAAAUUCACAAAGGAGCUCAAGUACGUUAUCCAGCGGUUUGCUGAGGACCCCCGACAGGAGGUUCACUCCUGCCUGCUCAGUGUUCGCUCUGGAAAGGACGGCUGGUUCCAGCUGUACAGCCCGGGGGGCGUGGCCUGCGAUGACGAUGGAGAGCUCUUUGCCAGCAUGGUCCACAUCCUCAUGGGCUCCUGCUACAAGACCAAGAAGUUUCUCUUGUCACUGUCAGAGAACAAGCUGGGACCCUGCAUGCUGCUGGCCCUGCGGGGGAACCAGACCAUGGUGGAGAUCCUCUGCCUCAUGCUGGAGUACAACAUCAUAGAGAACAAGGACACCCAGCUGCAGAUCAUCUCCACCCUGGAGAGCACGCUGGUCGGCCUGCGAAUGUACGAGCAGCUGUGUGACAGGCAGCGGGAGCUGAAGGAGCUGCAAAGGAAAGGGGGGCCCACACGGCUGACACUGCCCUCCAAGUCUACAGACGCCGAUUUGGCACGGCUGCUGAGCUCUGGUUCCUUCGGGAACCUGGAGAACCUCAGCCUGGCCUUCACCAACGUCACCAGCGCCUGCGCCGAGCAGCUCAUCAAGCUGCCAUCCCUCAAGCAGCUCAACCUAUGGUCCACCCAGUUUGGCGAUGCUGGCCUGCGCCUCCUCUCCGAGCACCUGGCUUCCCUGCAGGUGCUGAACCUGUGUGAGACUCCCGUGACGGACGCUGGCCUGCUGGCCCUCAGCUCCAUGAAGAGCCUCUGCAGCUUGAACAUGAACAGCACGAAGCUGUCUGCCGACACCUACGAGGACCUCAAGGCUAAGCUGCCCAAUCUGAAGGAGGUGGAUGUUCGUUACACCGAGGCCUGGUGAACGGGGCCAUCGUCACGGAAACACCCCACCCCCCACACCCUCCCCAACAGCGUUGCUGGGACCCCCUUUCUAAUUAAAUCCUUGAAGUGCAAGAAUUCCGUCAGCGUGCCGACGCAGGAAGUGACUUUACUGUACGUCACACAAAGUGAACGACCCUGUUUCUACGCCCGACUCGUGUCCGUCUCUUUGGAAGAGGCCAUCUUGGGCCCCCCCCCCCCCCCCCCCCCCCCCCCC